GAACAGAACCUUUACUCACCAGAACUCGACAAAUCUCCGGCUAUUUCAGUAAAAAUAAUAUAAAAUGAAGAAGGCAUUACUGCCUGUAAAAAAGGAAAAGAUAAUAUCAGGAAAAGAAGCAUUAACAAAGCUACUGCGAUGGCAUUUUGGUCAUUCCGAUUAUAGAGGAACACAAUUGGAUGCCAUUCAAUCUGUUCUUUCAGGAAGAGAUUGUUUUUGUUUGAUGCCAACUGGCGGUGGGAAAUCGAUUUGUUAUCAAAUCCCCGCGUUGGCUAAACCCGGGAUUGUGCUUGUCGUGUCUCCGUUAAUAGCGUUAAUGGAAAACCAAGUUACAGCGUUGAAGGAAAAAGGGGUUGCUGCGGAAUAUCUUUCAUCGACUCAGACUACACAAGAUAGAAAUAAAAUCAAUGGAGAGCUUGAAUCUGGAAAACCGGCAAUAAGGUUGCUUUAUGUAACACCAGAAUUGAUUGCAACAACAGGGUUUAUGUCCAAGCUGACAAAACUUCAUGAAAGAGGGUUGUUGAAUCUGAUUGCUAUAGAUGAGGCACAUUGCAUCUCAACGUGGGGGCAUGAUUUUAGGCCAAGCUAUAGAAAGUUAGCUUCUUUGAGGAAACGUCUGCCUGACGUACCGAUAUUAGCAUUGACAGCUACUGCUGUUCCCAAGGUUCAGGCAGACGUGAUUGAGUCCUUGAACAUGGAGAAUCCUCUUGUCCUGAAAUCAUCCUUUAACCGCCCAAAUAUAUAUUAUGAAGUUCGAUUUAAAGACCUCCUUACUGACCCAUAUGUUGAUCUGACGAAUCUUAUUAAAUCUCGUGGAGAUGUCUGUGGGAUUGUCUACUGCCUUGAACGUACAACAUGUGAUGAUUUGGCUUCACAUUUAUCAAGAAAUGGCAUCUCUUGUGCUGCAUAUCAUGCAGGAUUGAACAAUAAAUUGAGGACCUCUGUUUUGGAUAGUUGGAUUUCUGCCAAGACACAGGUUGUAGUGGCUACAGUGGCUUUUGGGAUGGGUAUAGAUCGGAAGGAUGUUAGGAUUGUUUGCCAUUUCAAUAUUCCCAAGUCUAUGGUAUCCUUCUAUCAAGAGUCGGGUAGAGCUGGUCGUGAUCAAAAGCCCUCUAGAAGUGUACUGUACUACGGCAUAGAUGAUCGCAAUAAGAUGCAAUUUAUUUUGAACAAGGAAGAAAGCAAGAAGUUGCAGUCCACUGGGUCGCAAGAUGAGUCAUCUAAGAAGUCACUUGAUGAUUUCAAUCUGAUGGUUGAGUACUGUGAAACAUCCGGUUGUCGUAGGAAAAAGAUUCUUGAUGGUUUCGGGGAGCAGGUAUCGACAUCACUGUGUAAGAAAACAUGUGAUUCGUGUAAGGAUUCGAAUUUAGUAAUGAAGUACUUGGAGGAGCUUAAGGCCAUGUGUUCUCUUCGUAGUAGAAUUGGAUCCUCACAAAUUUUUGUAGGCAGCUCUUCAAAGCCGGGUGAUGACGUAGAUUUCUCAGAAUACUGGUCUCGUGAAGAGGAAGCAGUUGCUUCUGGGGAUGAUAUAUCUGAUGACGAGGAUGGCAACGAUUAUGUGGAAGGCCUUGCACAAUCAGCCUUCCCAUCUAAAUCAAGACUUAGUGAAAAAAUGGCGUUGUUGCAACGAGCAGAAGAAAAGUACUAUCAGAAUAAAGACCAAGAUAAACAGACCCAUAAACGAGAGAAAUAUGGUAUAACUGAAACCACACGGGAGUCAUGCAAGCAAAGAUUGGUCAAUGCAUUAAAGCAAUCACUGCAGCGACUCGAUAACUUGGUGAUCGACCCUGAAACAUCUUCCAUGGUCUUUGAGGAUGAGUGCUAUAAAAAGUAUGGGAAAACCGGAAAGUCAUUUUAUCUAUCACAAAUGGCGAGUACUGUAAGAUGGCUUUCCACAGCUAAUGCUGCAGACAUAACAUCUAGGCUUGCCAUCACUGGUCAGAGUCCCACUUCAAACGAUGCAACAGAAGUGGAACCUUCACCUUCUGUCUCAGAUCAGGUAACGAAGAUGAUGAAUGAAAAAGAUCAGGGAAACCUUACAUCAAGUCCUUCACAGAGCAUCUACAAUGAUAUAAAGUUGCCUCCCAUCCCAUCUUUCUCCGAAUUUAUCAACAAGAAUAUAAAAGGUAGCAAAUCAUCAACAUUGAAAAGGGAGUCAUCACAUGUAGGCGAUAAGAAAUCGGACAAAAGAAGCAAACUUCAGUAGUGUCAACUACUCUCCAAUUUUGUUAUGGUAUGUAUAUACUCUCAUUUGAUUCUUUUUGUAGCUUAUGGCAAUUACUUUUACUUGAGUAAUAUCUAUCUUGGCACGAGUUCAUUGAUUCGUUGGUUUCAUCAAUAACAUUAUGUGAUUUUGUAAGACAA